AUGGCCGACGAACCGGCACCCAGCUCCAUCGCGGAGCGCAUUGCGGCCCUGAAACUCUCCCAAGUUGGAAAGGUGCCAGGAACUCCACCACCAAGCUACGAGAAGGCGACGAAUGGUACGGCGUCAACAACAAACACAGGCCGACCACGCCCACCACCUCCUCCAAGGCCGUCGUUACCUGCCAGACCAGAACGACCGCAGAGUACCAACGUUCCUCCCACGCAGGAACACGUGCCGGCAGCGAACCGACCAAUUGGAAAUCAACCUGAACAGCCCAACCGCAAUGGUAUCCCGGUUAAUGGAGGCAAUGGAGUCUCAAGACCUGCUCUGCCAGCUCGGACGUCGACACAGUCGUCACAGGCAUCGCAGGGCCCUGCUUUACCGCCAAGACGACCAUCAGAGAGACCAUCUCCUGCACUACCGCCAAGACGGCCGUCAGAGGCUCCUUCUCAGGCCGAUUAUGAGCGCAGUCGAAGGGGUUCGACUGAUUCUAUGAGCUCUGUGGCGACUGGACGAUCUUCUGUAUCAGGAAUUUCUACAGCAACGUCCCUCACUUCUCAAGGAGAGAAGUAUCGUAUUCGAGCUCCUGAAUAUGACCCAAGUGCAUUACCCGCGCUCCCGCCCAAGCGUUCGAAGGAGGAGAGGGAGGCUCAUGACAGGAAGUAUGCCGGCAUGCGUCCUCUCAGGCAGACCAAGUCUAGCCCCAAGGUUGAGCAGAUAGGACAGCAGGGCACAACUCCUCCACCGCCUGCAAGGCCAACUGUUGUCCCGCCGCCUGCUCUACCAAGUCGACAGCCUUCAGCUCAACAGGAGGCGGCGCCUGAGAUGCCGCCUCGACCAGGACGACAGAAUCCUCCUCCUGCGCCGUCGCGUGUCGAGCCUGCGCCUCCUCCACGGCUCAGGCAAUCGGCGUUGGCCAUGGGAUUCGGUAACAAAGCUGUUGAGUCACCUCCCGUGCCAGCAGCAAGGCCAGACGCUGGGCAAGGCAACGGUGGACCUCCGCCGCUACCUACAUCAUCGAAGCCAGAUCUCAAGGCGCUCCUUGCUUCAAAGCCGAAGCCAAACGGUGGUGCCACCGCCCGCACGCCUGCCGCUGCUAGUGCGCCUGCGAAACCAGUUGCUAUCUCUUCAUAUGCUCAAUACAACCAGAUUGUAUCGUCGACAAGGCUGGUGAUCGCCGACUUCUAUGCCGACUGGUGUGGUCCAUGCAGGAAUCUGGCUCCAGAGUAUGAAAAGCUCUCUUUGGAGAUGUUGAGACCAGGUUUGGUUGCGUUCUUGAAGAUCAACACGGACCACAACACCGAUAUCAGAGAUGCCAAUGGCAUUCGAGCCUGGCCCACCAUCAUCUUUUAUCAAAAUGGGAGAGAGGUGGACAAGAUGGAGGGAGCGAGCAAGGAAGGCAUUCAAUGGAAGGUCGAAGAUCUGGCAGCCCAGGCUGAUAUAGACCUCAGCGCACCACCGGCCCCAAGCAGCGCACCUGCUGUCCAGGCGUCGUCUGCGUAUGGUGCUGCACCCUCUGCAGGUGGAUCUUGUAUGCAUUGUCGAGACUUUUCCGGCCCCGACAACCACGCUGCUCGUUUCCCGCGAGAGUCGAUACCUUCGUCGGAUGUUGGAUGGCUGGCAAAACAGCUGUGUUCACCUUUCCCGUCGCCUACUGACAAGGCUCGUGCAAUCUUCACAUGGCUUCACCACAACAUCGCCUAUAAUACCGAGGCUUUCUUCAGCGGCAAUCUGCGACCGUCUACUCCCCAAUCGACUCUUCAGACUGGUCUGGCGGUUUGCGAGGGCUAUGCAGGUCUUUUUGCUGCAAUAGCAGUGAAGGCAGGGUUGGAAGCAAUCGUGGUUGGAGGCAAUGGCAAGGGGUACGGCUACAGUCCAUUGAAGCCAGGCGAGCCUAUACCGCCGUACAAUGCUGGUCACGCUUGGAAUGCGGUGAAGAUUGAUGGUGGGGAGUGGAAGCUCAUUGACUGCUGCUGGGGUGCUGGUACGGUCAAUGGACCCGGAGAAGGUUACAAGAAGGGGUUCAACCCCGAGAAGUUUACGCAAAGCAACGAUGAAUUCGGGCUCGACCACUACCCGGAGGACAGCAGCAAGCAGUUCCGCAACGACGGGAGAAGAAUGACCUGGGAGGAGUACAUGCUCGGCAACAAGAACGGCUGCGGCGCCGACUUCUUCAGCGGCUACGUCGCCGAAGAAGGCCUCUCCAAAACCACCUUCCAACCACAAACCGGCAAAAUCUCCCUCUCCCAACAACACGGCCCCACCGUCCGCUUCUCCUUCCAAAAAAUCUGUCCGCACUUCGACCCGUUGCGCCAUGGCAAAGGCCCCCACUACCUCUACGUGCUGCAUCUCGACGGCCUGGGCGGCACGCCGCGCAACCACGUCCCCUUUGAGACGAACGGGGAGGUGUGGUGGUGUGAUGUCCCAACACAGGAUCUGGGGCGGCCCGGGCAGAGUGUGCAGGUUUAUUCUGUGACCAGCUUUGAUGGGAGGGAGGGGAGGGGGUUGACGAUUGGGCAGUAUAGGCAGAGGAAGGGGAGGGUCGGGUAUGCUUUUGGGGGGUGUUGUAGAUGGGAGGUGGCGGCUUAG